GUAUCUGUUUAAAAAUCAGCUCAGUGGCUUUAUCCCUGCACAGAUUGGUUCAAUGAGGAUGUUGGCGUAUCUAAAUCUUGCCUUCAACAAGCUGUAUGGGAGCAUACCGAGCACUCUCACGCAGCUCACAUACCUCGACCUCUCCCACAACUACCUCACAGGACCUGCAGUGAUUCCUCCUGAUGUACACGUCUUGGAUCUGUCCACCAACUUCCUCUCGGGCCCUCUGCCUGACGGGGCGUGCCAGCCUCUCUCUUUUGAUGCCAACUGCUUCACGCUGCCGCUUGGCUGUGCCUUGGUACCGCAGCGGCAGGAGGCAGCAUGCAAUGCAUUCUGUGGCGUCUCCUCUGCUGCUGGUGCUGCUGCUGCGUGUGGAGGACAUGGGGUGUGCUAUCCAGAGGGAGCUAGCUUGGCACCCACAUGUCUGUGCGACGCGGGAUUUGUGCAAUUUGGAGAUAUCAGCUGUGUUGCUCAAGGCCAGAACAAGAAUCACUCAAGAAGCCAGCCGGUUCUCCCGCCAGCAUCUGUGCUCACCAAGGGGACGCAGCGCGAGACAGGGGGGAACUUCACGGCUGCGCCGGUGACGCUGUUUGUGUACGAGGCAGGGCAGACACGGUUGGGAUGUGGGCUGGAGCUCGCCUUCCAUGCCAACUUCACCUUCUCCCUCUCGCCUCGAACCGGCCGCGUGGGCUUUAACGGCUUUGCCUUUGUCGUCUCCGCGACAGACCGGGUGGGGAGUGGUGCAGGUGUGGGGUAUGGUGGAAUGGACACGCGGAGCAUCGCAGUUGAGUUUGACACGCUGCAGAACAAGGAGCAUGGCGACAUGAGCGGCCAGCACGUGGAGCUGAACAUUCGAGGCGAGGACAAGUCGCUAGCCGCUGUGAGGUCCCCCUUCCCUCUGAGCAACAGGAAGGCGUACACGGCGUGGGUGGACUAUGAGCCGGGGGACCCCGGCACCAUCCAGGUCUUCCUGGCUGACUCGCAGGAGAAGCCGCAGCAGGCACUGCUGGAGAGGAGGCUGGCGCUGUGUGAGGUGCUGCAGGGUGCAGCCGAGCAGCCCGCCUUCUUCUUUGGCUUCGUGGCGUCCACCACUGUGAAGCCGUUUCAGCGCCACGCCAUUCUCGAAUCCACAGUGGACACAGAUAGGCAGUUCGAGGGCAGUGCUGGUGAAGAUGAGGGCAGUGCUGGUGCUCAUGACGGUAGUGGAAGUCAAUGCCUUCCUGCUUCUUCCCGACCAGUGACAAGUACUCCAGCCUAUGGCCUGCAGCUAUCAACUAACACGUACAUGCCAGCAUGGGCCAGCCCCUUCCCGCGCUACGUGAGUGCGGACUACCGAGUGGCGCCCAGCCAGCAGGACUCGUGGGUCAUCAGCGACUUCCACUCCUGGGACUCCGUGCCCUUCCUUGGCUGGCCCGUUAAGGACCAAAAAGACUGCAGUGAUGCUUGUUGGGCAUUUGCACUGGUGGCAAGUGUGGAAGCGGCAUACGGCAUUGCAAUGAAUGCAGAGGCGCCGCAGCUGUCAGUGGAGUCACUCUUUGCAGCCAUGGGGCUCACCUCCGAAGCUGACAAGUGCAUCACGGGGGGCUCUCCAACUGAGGCGCUGGAGAGGCUUCUCACGCUGCAUCGUGGUAGUAUCACAGAGGCUGGAUCGCCUACAAAGGAGUACCCUGUGCACGGGUUUGAGCGCACGAGGUUCAAGGGGUUUGUGGGGCUCAUGCUGUCAGUGCGACGACAGCCAGUGGUGGUUCACAUUGAGGCUUCUGGUCCGGAUUUUGCACAAUAUGACGGGACCUUCAACCAAAAUCGCAUUGCGCCUCCAUUUUGGAUUCUCCGCAACUCGUGGGGAGUGGAGUGGGGCGACCGGGGCCACAUGCGCAUGGACAUUCAGGGAGGGGAUGGCGUGUGUGGCAUCAACGUGCUGCCUGGCAUCUACCCCAUUGUCAAGAUCCCCAAGGACCCUUGCGGCCACAAGAGCUUCAAGGGCGAUGGUGACUUGCAGCCCAGCAUGAACCCGUGUGGACGGUUCACAUGCCGGGUUAAUCUACGGAACAACAGCAACUCGUGUGACUGUUCCAUUCCCAACGAGUCUAAGCAGCCAUUUGUUCGAGUUGCAAACGGAUAUGGCUUCCAAACGUGUGCUUACUUGGAUGUGUGUGGGUCUGACUUGAAGAACCCCUGCUACGUGGGAGCAUGCAUCAACGACGCCAAGGGCUCCUACUCCUACAUCUGCCCUCCCAACUACGUUGCGAGCACAACCAUUGACAACUUCCCCACCUGCGACCCAGCCACCACCCUGGUAGUGAGUGGAAGCAACUGGUGGUGCUACGAUGUUCUCCCUAUUGUGGGCCUCUCACUUGCCCAAUUCACGCAGCAGAAUGCGGGCAUUGAUUGCAAUCAUGCAUUGCCUCGUAACAUGGUGCUUCAGCUGGGAAGUCCUGUCCUCAUUCCCUGCACUGCGUUCUUCUACACCCUCAGUGGCGACACAUGCUGGUCCAUCAGCGCCCAGCUGUUCCUCACCACCAGCGACCUCACAGCACUCAAUCCCGGCCUCAACUGCUCUGAGCCCAUCAAGGCGGGCCGCUCUCUGUGCAUCGAGCGCAACGCCACUUUCGUCUACACUGUGCCUCGGUGCCUGCAAUACGGUGUGCUCACAGCACAGGACACAUGCGAGCGCCUGCUGCAGCAGGUGGCGGGGAGUGAGGAAGACCAAUCGUGGGCUGGGAAGGUGAAUGCCAUGCGCUGGGCUGAGCUGUAA